AUGACAAUGAAAUUGGUAGCUAAAGCAGCAGUCAAACAAAAGAAAGCUUUGAAUGAGAGGAAGAAUUUUCUGAAUUUGAAAGCGAAUAUAGCUCUGAUAAACAAAUGUUUGAAAAUAGUGUUCAACAAAGUGACACAUUUGAAAAAGAGAAUCAAAAGAAGCUUUAAAGGUACAGACAUGAUUGAUGGUGAUAUAAAGUUAGAUAAAGAUUCUGCAGCAAAUCUUGUAGCAUUUUACAAGAGGAAUCCCCAGUACCUACGACUUGACAACACCAAAGCGGAUACACCUGCAUUUAGUUCAUCGGACAGAAGAAAAAGAAAAGUUGGUAAAGUCGGAAAAUGGAGCUUCCCAAUCGAAUACAAGCUACAACUUUCAAAAAAAAGAAGACUAGUAAGAAAAGCAUUAAAAAUUUGGCAGCAGGAAACUUGUGUUUCAUUUAGAGAAACAGGAGCGAUAACGACACCAGGAAUUAUCUUCAAGGAAAACGAAGAAUGGUGCUGGUCAAAUGUUGGAAGAAAAAGUUCUGGUUAUAACGAAAUAAACCUUGAAAAUGGUUGUAAAAGUUUAGGAACAAUCCUCCAUGAAAUCGGACAUGCCCUGGGUAUGUGGCACGAGCAAAGCAGGCCUGACAGGGAUAAUCAUAUAACCAUAUUGGAAGAUAACAUAAAAAGCGGAAAGAAACACAAUUUCCUGGUCAGACCUGGUGAUACCUAUGGAACACAAUACGAUUACGGAUCAAUCAUGCAUUACUCUGAGAGGGCUUUUGCAAAUAAAGGACAGAAAACAAUCAUCGCCAAACAAAGAGAUUACGAAAAGACAAUGGGACAAAGAACUGGUUUAUCAUUUAAUGACAUAAAGGCUAUUAACUUCCACUAUUGUCAGGGGAGCUGUUUUGGUGGAUUAACAUGGUCAUCGUAUAGAAAUGGAGGGUACAGAGAUCCCAGAAGUUGUGGACGUUGUAAGUGUCCGGAAGGGUGGACUGGAACCUAUUGCCAGUAUCUAAAGAAAUCCACGACUGGAUGUGGUUGCACGAAUAGAUCUGCCAAGUCAUACUACAAAUACCUGAACACCCCUGGCUACUUUAGACCUGAGAUUUAUCCAACUAAUUCGGAAUGUACCUGGAAAAUUACGGCACCUGCAGGAAAACGAAUCCGGUUUGAGUUUGUUUGGUACUUCAUUUUAAGCUGUUACACACUGUGUUUGGACUUUGUAGAGGUUCGUUACAACAGUUUGUCUAACACAGGACCAAGGUAA